AUGGACAACGUGGAAAUAGUUGAACUCUGCUAUCCUCAGUACCUGAACCAAUCCUGCAGCGGACUGAAGAGACCUCGCUCUGAGGCCGUCCUACUCUACACACUACUCUCCUCCAUCACCGUGUCCACUGUUGUUCUGAACCUACUGGUGAUCAUCUCCAUAUCCUACUUCAGACAGCUGCAGACCCCUACCAACAUGCUGCUGCUCUCCUUGGCCACCUCGGACCUCCUGGUGGGGCUGCUGGUGAUGCCGGUGGAAGCGAUGCGGUUCAUUGAGCCCUGCUGGCUGCUGGGUGAUGUCAUGUGCGCUCUGUCUUACAUUGUCGGCUUCACUCUCACCUCAGCCUCUGUGGGGAACAUGGUGCUCAUAUCGAUAGAUCGCUACGUAGCAAUAUGUUAUCCCCUGCAGUACCCCACAAAAAUCACUCGCAGUAGAAUUGAAGUGUCUGUGAGCCUGUGCUGGGCCUGCUCUCUUCUAUAUAAUGGCCUCAUCCUAAAGGACCACCUUAGGCAGCCGGACAGAUACAAUUCAUGCUAUGGGGAGUGUCUGGUGGUCAUCAGCUACAUCUCUGGAACCAUCGACCUUGUGUUCACUUUUAUUGUGCCUUGCUCGGUUAUUGUCAUUCUGUACAUGAGAGUGUUUGUGGAGGCGGUGUCGCAGGCACGGGCCAUGCAGUCUCACGUUGCAGCUGUCACAGUCACCACAGUUAGAGUCACAGCAAAGAAAUCUGAGAAGAAAGCAGCCAGAACUCUUGGUAUCAUUAUCUUCAUGUUUCUGAUGACUUUCUGUCCGUAUUACUACCCGUCUCUUGCAGGACAAGACAUCUCCAAUAAUGCUUCAUCUUGGGCUAUUGUGUCCUGGAUGGUGUAUUUUAAUUCCUGUUUGAACCCACUUGUAUAUGCUUUUUUCUAUCCCUGGUUCAGAAAAAGUAUUUCUUUAAUUGUCACCCUGAAGAUCCUAAAGCAGGACUGCUCUCAGGCAAACAUACUUUAAACAUGACUGACAUGAAACUGUAGACUGGGAGAAGAAACUUAACAACCAGAAUAGUAACUAAUUUCUACAUGUGAGUGAGCGCUGCCUAGCUGAUCUAUAAGAAAGUUAUCUGCAGCUCAAAUAGGGCGAUUUGGACAGGAAAGUUACAACACAUUGUUUUGUAUUGAACGCAA